CGCUGCUUCAGAGCUUACCAACAUCACAACAACACCGUUCCGUCUCUAUCAACAUCACAAAACGGCCGACAAAUUCCAGCUCUACCAUUCUCUCCACCUUUACUCUUCAUUCUCAUAGACCUUCGCCAUGUCUAUAGCUCCACUCAUUACGUUCAAAGCUGGUAUCUGUGACCUUGAUGUGUCAAGUUCAAACCCCGUGGUCAAACCAAAGCCUACUCCAGGUUACAUCUACCUCUACUCUGAGGAUGAAUUGGUGCACUUUUGCUGGCGUCCAAGAACCGCUCCUCCUGACCAACCCGAAUUGGAUCUCGUAAUGGUCCCAUCAGACGGAACCUUCACCCCGUAUCAACCAGCUGGCAAAGACGCACCAACAAACGGCCGAGUCUUCGUAUUGAAGUUCUCCUCCAGCUCGCAGCGCUAUCUAUUCUGGCUCCAGUCAAAAUCUCAGCAUGAGAGGGGCGAUCCUAGCUGGUUCAGCCCCAGAGAUCUCAAGCUAGGCGAAAUUGUCAACGAAUUACUUCAGGGUGAAGAAGUCGACGUCGCGCACGCAAUUGCCAACCUUCCCAGAGGUGGUCCUUCUGGCGGCGGCGACGACGAUGAAACGAUGGAGGAUGUCGAGGGCGCGGACCAUAAUCCAAGCCAUAACCAUGGAGGAAGUGGUGGAGCCGGACUGGACGCUACGGGUGGAGACAUCAGAGAAGAAGGAGAGGAAGCGAGGGAGGGCGGUGCUGACGGUGGAAGAGCGGCGGCCGCCGACUCGAACCCUUCGUCUGUUGUACAGAGCUUCUUGAGGUCCUUGCAGGGGAACCAAAACCAAUCCCAAGACCCCGACAGACCUUUUACAACGCUACAAGACCUCCUUUCGCCAUCAUCUACGAUCCCUUUUCUAGAGUCUGCGGACGAUCGAACCGUUGACAAUCUCUUAAGCUACCUACCACCGACCCUCCUUCUUUUAGCGCAGGAAUCCGAAGAUUUGUCCCUUGCUGAGACCGAUCCGGAGAUCGUAGAAGCAGCAAUGCUCUCGCUCGACCUGUCGCAAAAGAAGAGCAUAUUACGGAAAGUCCUUCAUUCCCCUCAAUUCUCGCAGAGUCUUGCUAGCUUGACUGUUGCUAUCAGAGAUGGCGGCCUACCAAGCAUAAGCGAGGCCCUCAAGAUCCCUGUUGAAAAUGGUGGUUUCAUGCAUAGAGGAGGUGUUCCUCUCGGUGGCGGGGAUGCUGUUGAAGCUUUUCUCAGGGGCGUUCGGGACCAUGUUAAGGAAUCGGAUCAGGAGAAUCAGAUGGGGACAGAUUGAUUGAGCCGCACGUCUUGUACCAAAAAGCUUCCUGUAACUACCUCGUGUCAUGAUCUAUCCGUGCACUAGAAGCGUCGCACUGGCAACAGAAGAUUUACACUAGAGACCAAAAGUUUUGGGUGCUGCCGGUUCGUCAAUCCUUUGGACACGUUGCAACAUGAAGAAGCAACUUGGACUCCCAGCUUUACUGUUAGCAGUUUAUGGGCAAGACCAGGUGCUGAACUACGCUCAAAGAUUGGGACGAGCUAAAAUACCCCGUGCAAGGCGUCGACUAGCAAAACCCAAUCAUUGAUAGAAUAUACUCCGUAGUUUUAGAGCGAUAUUUCUCCAAUUGGUUACAGGAUCACAGGAGACAGGCUGGACCCUUCAUAGCUCAUUAGUCCUGGGAGCUAGGCUAUAUCGCCAAAACCUCAAACAG